CAUAAAAAGCAAAAACGUUGUCAUCGUUCUGUAUGACCUGAAUAUCUUUUGCCGCAACACGAACUCGUUUAGGGAGGUGUUGCACCCGCGACUCAAGCUCCAAAAGUGCGACGUGCACUAGGCAUCCAGCUCUCGGUCUAUAUAUGACCCCCGUGAGAACCGUCUCUGAACAUCUCCCAAAGACUCAAAGGAAACGGGCGAGGGGAAGAUGGCGCUAACGAGCAAAAUGGGCUCGACGACGCUUCGAGCAACGGCGCUCCGGGCGUGGAAGGUCCUGCGCGUCAACUGGCACCUGGGAGUCACCGCGUUUGGAGGACCACCGGUGCACUUCAAGAUUUUCAACGAGAAGUUUGUCCAAAAGACGAAAUGGAUUGACGAGCAGGUCUUCCAGGAGCUGUUCAGCAUCUCGCAGUCGCUGUCGGGGCCGGCGAGCACCAAGAUGCUGUACUGCAUCAACCUCAUCCAGGACGGGCCUAUUUCGGCCGUGCUCAGCUUUUUGAUCUGGAGGUAAUCACAACACCCGCCCCAAAAGCAUGAGCUCCGGCUGAGACUGACGCACCGCCCAACUGAAUAGUCUACCCGGCGCGCUGGGCAUGUACGGCCUGUCCAUCGGCGUGUCGAACAUUAGCGACACGCUGCCGCUGCCCGUGUACGCGCUCCUGUCUGGGCUCAACGCGGCCACGGUUGGGGUCAUCGCGCUUGCUGCUGUCGAGUUGUCGCACAAGGCCAUCACGGACAAGAUGACUCGGCUCAUCGUCUUCCUCAGCGGCGCCGUCGGCCUGCUGUACAACGCGCUCUGGUACUUCCCCGUGCUGAUGCUCGCGUCGGGCCUCGCGACCCUCGUCUUCGACUACCGCUGGCUGCACAAGCCUAUUGGCGCGCUGGUCCACGCCGCGAGUGCCCCCAGC